AUGGAGCAGCCACAUCCACCAACCACCACCGAACCUCCCAGUACCACCACCGAACCUCCCAGUACCACAACCGAACAUCCCAGUACCACCACCGAACCUCCCAGUACCACCACCGAACCUCCACCAACCACCACCGAACCUCCCAGUACCACCACCGAACCUCCCAGUACCACCACCGAACCUCCCAGUACCAUCACCGAACCUCCAAGUACCACCACCGACCCUCCUCCUAGUACCAUCAGUACCAGACCGAACCUCCCAGUACCAUCAGCACACACGAGGAGAAGAGGAGGAGAGAGGAGGUGGGGGGAGAAGAGGAGGAGAGAGGAGGUGGGGGGAGAAGAGGAGGAGAGAGGAGGAGGAGAGAGGAGGUGGGGGGAGAAGAGGAGGAGAGAGGAGGAGGAGAGAGGAGGUGGGGGGAGAAGAGGAGGAGAGAGGAGGAGGAGAGAGGAGGUGGGGGGGAGAAGAGGAGGAGAGAGGAGGUGGGGGGAGAAGAGGAGGAGAGAGGAGGUGGGGGGAGAAGAGGAGGAGGUGGGGGGAGAAGAGGAGGAGAGUGGAGGUGGUGGGAGAGGAGGAGAGGAGGUGGGAGAGAGGAGGAGGUGCAGAGACAUAGAGACACCGCGGGAGUCGACACCGGGAGGUAACGGAGAUAACGCGGCACUGACCUGGGUGUAA